UCUGACCAGCCUAUCUGCCACCAAUAUGAACACUGCCUGGCUCGAUCAGAUGACCUGAUGAACACGCAGCACUGCAACCUGCUCUGCCUGCCCGAGAACUACCAGAUGAAGUACUAUUUCUAUCAUGCUGCUCAGGAUGAGGAUGGGAAGAUUGUGAGUUAUGUCUUGGCCAAAAUGGAAGAGGAUCCGGAUGAUGUCCCUCAUGGACAUAACACUUCGCUGACUGUAAAACGUUCCCACCAGUGCCUUGGCCUGGCCCAGAAGCUGAUGGACCAGGCCUCCCGGGCCAUGAUUGAUAACUUCAGCCCAAAGUAUGUAUCCCUGUAUGUCAGGAAGACCAACCGAGCAGCUUUGCACCUUUAUUCCAACAGCCUGAACUUCCAGGUUAGUUGGAUAGAGUCCAAGUAUUAUGCAGAUGGAGAAGAUGCAUAUGCUAUGAAGCUAGAUUUCUCACAGAUGGCGGAUGAACCGAGAGUGCAGCUAGUAAUGAAGAAAGGAAGAUACGUGGUUCUGGGUUCCAAUGAGAAUCAGGGUAGCACACUUCCUGGUUCUGAAGAGGCCUGUCAGCAGGAGAACCUGGCUGGAGGUGACAGUGGCAGUGACAGCAAAGACAGCACUGAUGUCCAAGACAGCUUGCAGACCUUAGGGUGGGGAAAGAUUCUCCUGGGUAUAACCACUGGUGUCAUUGGAACACUGAGACUAACUACUUCCCUAACUAUCUACCGUUACUUUUUCUCUCCAUUCAUCCAGGAUCUCCAACAGAAUGGCUUAGACCAUCCUCACCCUCUAGGGCCAAAUAGACUCAUUGGCUACUGUGGAACUACAAAAUCCAUGACCAUUAUAUUUAUUAAUAGCAGAAAGAGGCGAACUUUGCAUCUUCCUCAGGGAGGAAUGCUGCUUUUAUGUCAACCAGUUGGGUAUAGUAAGAGAUUCAACAACUCCAGAAGGAUCUCCAAAAAUGUGAGGAACACCUUGAUCCUCCUGGCCAGUGGAUCCUUAACAGUCAAGCUCUUUACAGCUCUUGAAAGUUUCAGCAGCAAGGAUGCGUUGCUGACAAGGAAAUGUCAUACUGCAGUAGACAAGUGUAAGUGCUCUCCAGUCAUUUGUGAACUCAGAUUGAAGAUUAGAUCUAACAGUAUUCAGAACAGAGUGAUUUUGUUAAAUUGUGGCAGUGGCUAUGGAUUAAAACUCUCUGCUGGCCUCACUCCUCUACUCAUCAGGCCAUGA